AUGCUUCGCGCAUUAAGCAGUACCCAUUACAACACGAGCGAAAUUUCCGCUCAAGAAGCAGCAUAUAAUAUCCUUCGCUUGCCAAUGUCGGUAUCAACCUCAGGCGUUGUCUUCAUUCCAACUUCUCCUCCCGAAGAGCGUAGGCGAAUCUUGCGACCAGAACGAGGACUUCGCAGUAUCGAUGAUCGAGAAUCAACUAAUAGCUUCACGCCAAACAUUCUGGAUCACUACAGCCAACGGCCAACCACGAUGGAAAACAUGACGUUAACUACGUUUGCGUUUGCCGCGGUACCGGAUCCCAUUGAAGGAUUUACGUCGACGGAUGAAACCAUCACCAUCCUGCAAUGUAAUGACUCCCGAAUCGUAUCGUCAUCACUGCUGUCACUUGCAUUAUCAUCAUCAUUCUGGUCGUUAUUGUCCUCUGCUGACGAAUAUUGGGAAACCGUCGCGAGUAGUGCUUUAAGCGAUGCUGCGUUUGCACCCGAAAAUGCCGAGGCCGGAUAUGUAGACAAUCAGGAAGAGAAAGAUCAGGAGCGAAGAUUGGCCAAUCCGUUGGACGAAUAUGGGAUGCCUGACAUGGUUAAGAACGAGGUCGAUGUGAUGGAACAAGCUGGAGCAUAUGCAAGAACGCCGUAUUUGGAAACAAUCGUGGCCCCAAAUCGUAUGAACAACGACAGCUACGAACAGAUGAUCGCGACACUGAAUACCGAGCAACGCAGUUCAUAUGGGUUGACCAACGAUUGCAGCACAUAUCUGGAAAUCAGCGUAAAAAAAGUUCCGUUGAAAUCGUUCAAGCAAUCCUUGGUUGAUAAAUCCAUCAACGAGGUUGAGCAGCUUGCUGUAGAACAUGCCAGAGUACCAUUGGACCGUUGCGUUAACCAUUGGGGUGCUCGUCAUUUUGUACGUCAAGCGUGGCGAAACUUUACCAAAAGUGGCGACGAUGAAGGCAACUCGCGUAAAGAAACGCAAAGCCAACAACAAAAGACGCCGCCAAAAGAUAAGCAACAAGAAAGAGGCGGCAAGGGAAAAAAACGAACAACACCGAUUUCGCGUGGCCGCAAGUCGAAAACGGCACGGCAUUCAUAA